AUGAUCCAUGGCGUCAUCAAUACUGUAGGCUCACUCUUUGACUUGAAAAAACCAUCAUCUGCUAUCCCUAAAGCCGAUGAUAGCGACUAUAAUCAUUACAGCAGUAAAGGCUUUAGACUUGAUGGACAGCAACAGCAACAACCACAACGUCUAACCGGCAAUCAUAAAGCAGGCUCGGUAUUUCCAACACAGCUCAAUCCAGCAUUAGCGGCCACCAAAUCGCCAAAACUGGGAACGAUCUCUGGCGUGUUUGUGCCGUGCGUGCUCAGUAUCUGGGGUAUCAUCCUAUUUCUGCGAUUUGGGUUCAUUAUUGGUCAAGCAGGGAUCAUGGGCACGUUAGCUAUGUUCGUUGUUGGGUACGCGAUUAAUGUCUUUACAGCCAUGUCACUUAGCGCCAUCAGUACCAACGGCACUGUACGAGGUGGCGGUGUGUACUACCUGCUGAGCCGUAGUUUAGGACCCGAGUUUGGUGGAAGUAUCGGUCUGAUCUAUUUCUUAUGCACAGUGGUGGGAUGUGGAAUGAACGUCCUUGGUUUUGUCGAACCGCUGAUAGCCAACUUUGGUGAGACCUCAGGGACUGUUUACAGAGUCUUGCCAGAAAGUUCGCUAUGGGGAUUUAUAUAUGGGACGAUCUUGCUGGUUUCUUGCACAUUGAUCAGUCUCGUAGGCGCGAAGCUAUUUGCUCGGUCAUCAUUGGUCUUGGCGGUGAUUAUUUUACUUUCAACUUUAUCCAUCUUUAUCUCCUUUGCAAUCGUACCACCAUUCUCACAUUUGGAGCGCAAUAUUGUGUACACUGGAUUCACUUGGGAGACCCUCCAGGAAAAUAUGUGGCCCAAAUUCACUUCCGCUAAUGGACCUGAGGGUGUCAAGCAGAGUUUCCAGACCGUAUUUGGUGUCCUGUUCCCUGCCUGUAUUGGUAUCCUUGCAGGCGCUUCAAUGUCGGGGGAUCUAGAGGAUCCAAGUAAAUCUAUUCCCAAAGGAACAUUGUGGGCAGUAGCAUCGACAUUCUGCGUGUACACAUCCAUCGUUAUUUUGAUGGGCGGAUCGAUUUCCAGAACUUCUAUGCACACAGAUCUCAGCAUUCUUCAAGAUGUGUCAAUUUCUCCCCUCUGCAUUGCAUCUGGAGCUCUAGCCGCUUCCAUAUUUGCCACGUUAAGCUGUGUGAUUGGUGCAGCCAAAAUCCUUCAAGCAAUAGCUCGAGAUAACUUGUUGCCGCUUCUAUCCCUCUUCGGCCAGGGCACACCCAAGACAGAUGAACCUACAUUGGCAGUUCUUUUGACCUAUGUCCUUUGCCAAUUCUGCCUGUUCCUAACGGAUAUGAACGCAAUUGCGACUUUCGUCUCCUUGAUCACGCUCUUGACGUAUCUUAUCCUCAACUUGGCCUGUUUUCUCCUCAAGAUUGGGUCUGCUCCGAACUUUCGUCCCAGUUUCCGGUUUUUCCAUUGGUGGACGGCUUUUGUGGGGAUGGUUCUCUGCGCGAUCGUAAUGGGAUUUGUGGAUCUAGGCCAAAGUCUGUUAAGUGCCCUUCUGACCGCUAUACUCUUCAUCUGGAUCCAUUACUCGUCUCCUCCAAAGCGAUGGGGGGAUGUGACUCAGAGUCUGAUCUAUCACCAAGUCCGCAAGUACUUGCUUCGUUUGGAUUCAAGAAAAGAACAUGUUAAGUUUUGGAGGCCUCAAAUCUUAUUACUAGUUCACCACCCAAGAUCCGAGUUUCAGUUGAUUCAGUUUUGUAAUCAUUUGAAGAAAGGAGCACUCUAUGUAUUGGGACAUGUUAUUCAAGGGGAUUUGAAGGAUGUGUUGCAGGAAUACAGAAGACAGCAAAAUAGCUGGCUCAAGUUUGUUGACAUAUUACAAAUCAAGGCUUUCGUGAACCUGAUUGUGGCAGAUAGUGUCCGGAUAGGGGCCAGAAAUUUGUUGAUGGGGACAGGGCUGGGUGGCAUGAGACCUAAUAUCGUUGUCUUGGGAUCAUUCAACCUCCAACGAUACCAUAGAGAGAAACAAAGUGAACAAGAGUGCCGACAGCGGCUGCAAGAUGUAGAAGCGCUAUACCGCCCCAAAUCGCCGAGUGCGAAAAAGGAAAUAAGUUUUUCAUCGCCGCACCUCCAGACAACUUACACCAACGCCAACAUCAAUACUAUGGAUGACACCCUUAUAAACCACACGCUGCUCAACAUCCCAACAAGCCUCCCAACUGAUAACAUCCGUGUGGAGGCCCCAAUCAGGAUCACAGACUAUGUCUCAAUCAUCGAAGAUGUCUUGUCGCUUAACAAGGCUGUUGCGAUCGGAUAUGGCUUUGAGCGCCUAGAAUUCCCUGAGGAGCAUAAGAAUCCUUUUUGGCAGUUUCUUAAGCCCUGGUCAAGUCACAGCCGCCCUGAAUCUCAUUCGCUUCCUCCACAAACGACAUCAGCAUCACGUUCCUCAUCAACCCAUAAGGGUGGAGAGACCAGUGCGAAGAAGAAAUAUAUCGAUCUUUGGCCUAUGCAAAUGUCUGUCAUGCCACUUCAGUGCUUCGACUCUAACCUCUAUUCGGGACCGAAAGGAAGGGCUUUCUCGGACUGCUCCAAGCGAGCAUCUCGAGAUCACAGUUCAAGCUCUAUGCCCUCUAGUAUUGGCGCUACGGCCCCUGAAUCCAGCUCGACCAAUUUCGAAACAUACGCUAUGGUCCUCCAGAUGGGCUGUAUUUUGCAUAUGGUUCCCCAAUGGAGGGACAAGUAUGUGUUGCGGGUCAUGGUCUUUGUCGAGUAUAGGGAAGAUGUAGAAGAGGAAGAAAAACGAUUGGCAGCAUUACUCGAGAAUUUGCGCAUUCCUGCGGAAACCAAGGUCAUAUGCCUGGAUGGUGGGGACAGUGAGACCUACGAGAGACUUGUCAAAGGGAUAGAGGCAGCAGAAACCAAUAUAGAUGGACUAGGCGAUGAGUGCUUUCUGGAUGAGUACGCUGAAGAAGAGACUGGUGUUGAUGAAAGAAUCAUAGUGCCAUCACUGACACCACCGUCAGAUAUAGGUGAGGGCGAAGGAGGUCACUCGUCACUAUCUCUAGUAGCUAUACAGCACCAACAACGCCCCGCGCCUCGGGAGAAUCUAGCUCCACCUUCAUUGGUUAAUAGGCCGGCUCUCACGCCUUCAGCGUACAGCUCUGCCUCCCAAGCAUUACUACCAGCUCCUCAACGACGCCGCACCAUCUCGUAUCCCGUGCAGCCAUCCUCUUUAUCGCUUUCAAUAUCGCAUUUUUCUUUGUCACAGCGUCCACAAGGCCCUAAUGCCGCUCUGCGUGUCAACACUGCGCUGUCUCCUCGUCUGCGUUCAGAAUUAGUUCCUAUGGACGUCGCAUCUGCGUACCCAUUGCCAUUUAGAAGCACAGUAUCAUCAUUAAGAGGUUCAGCCGAAGCAGCUGAACCUACCUCAUCUAAUAACCCUCGUCUUGGCACAUCUGUUCCUUCAGGAGGUUCCAUAAUGAACUUCCGUAUCGCAGUACCAUUACCAAGAAAGUAUUUUGACUCGACGAACGGAGGGAAUUCCUCCUCGGAAAGCGAUUCGAAUUCUGAAAAUGAUGACAAUGAGGAUGAGGUUGAGGGAGAAGAGGAUGAUAACUAUCAAAUCAUUGAAUACACCAAUAAAAGCAACAACGAGAAUGAGAGCGAUGAAAUAGCUUAUAGUGGGCGCGAAACUUAUUCACCACAGCAACAACAGCAGCAACAACAGCGACAGCGUCCCUUAGCACAGAGCGCGUCGUCAUUAGCUCAAAAACUCCGCCGACAACAUCCAUUACAUCAAACGCCGACGACUCUGUCAUUUCAACAGCAGCUACAAGCUCCUGCAUCGGCGUUUGCACAUACCUUUUUAGGUUCAGAACAACAACCACCUUAUGGCCUCGACAUUGUUCUCGGAACAAACUCAGUGGACGAGGAACGCCAACGAAUGUAUACUUUUGAUCGACAGCAACAACAAUACCUGCUCCAGCCACUACAACAUCCUUCCCAUAUUUCUGCCGACGCUUCCUUGGCCCAGAUGGAGAGUAGCAUUAACGACAGCAGUAAAAAGGAUGGCAAUACUCAUGAUGUGGUUAUCCCAGUAGGGCUUCAACAAGCCAGCCCUCUACUUACUUCGUCACCAUCGGAAUCCAUAUCUCACAAAAACACCCCUACUCUGGAAGACAGUAACCUCAACGACAAACAACCUAAACUUCAAUUUGAUCACCUCAGUCCUGAGGCUCAGUUAAUGAUCUUGAACGAGUUGAUGCGGAUCCACUCCUCUGCAGAAACAACAUCGAUUGUGUUCACAACUGCUCCUGCACCUGAAGAAGGAACUUGUCUUCAAGAGCAGAGUUCGUUGGCUUAUCUCGAAACUUUAGAUCUACUGAUGAAUGGGAUUGAUGUCCCAGUCUUAUUACUCCACGCUAAGAGUCUGACCGUGACCAUGACGCUAUAA